UUUGAGAUAUCGCAGCAAAAAACACAAGGGAAGAUACAAUAAUAACGUAACGUAUUUGAAGGACAAAUGAUAUUUUCUAAAGGACAUAAAAUUAGAGGAGUGAACAUUUGCAGUGUCUGAUUUGAGAACUACGAAGGAUAGCGGUGAAUCUGUCCCUCUUCUUCCUCCUCCGUCGGCGUAUUGGUCAACAAAUCAGCAGAAGGACAAAGGAAUCACAGCAACUGCUGUAGGUUCAGCAAAGAAAAGUAUGAAGAACCAAAUUCAGCCGGAGAGACCAGCCUCCCCUGUACCCAGCUGUGUGUCCAUGAAGAGUGACAAGUCUAUGAAUCAUUCUACUGAGUUCAGAAAGGGAGACUUUUCUAUUGAACAAAGCCCAAUUCAGCGGAAUAGACCAGUCUCCCCUGUACCCAGCUGUGUGUCCAUGAAGAGUGACAUGUCUAUGGAGCCUCCUUUACACUUCAGAGAGGGAGACUUUUCUACUAAUCAAAGAGACCAACAGGAGAGAUCAGAGUCUGAGAUUCUCAGUGGUCAAUCUGUCCAGAGUCAUCAAACAAACCUGUCCUCUAUAUUCAGUUCCGAUGAGAAGGAGGAGAGCAGUGCCAAAGACGCGACGAACAUGAACCAGAAGGAGCUUGCUGACACACUGGAGAGAAGUCCAACUCUUCUGAGGUUCCAAAAAGAAAUGAAGACUAAACUGAAAAAGAAGUAUCAAAUCCUGUGUGAAGGAACUGGACAGCAUGUAAACCAAACUCUGUUAAAGGACAUCUACACAGAGCUCUACAUCACAGAGGGUGGAAGUAAAGGAGUUAAUGAAGAACAUGAGGUCAGACAGAUCGAGAUGGCGUCCAAAAGACAAACAAGACCAGAGACACCAAUCACUUGCAAUGACAUCUUCAAGCCAAUAAAUCAACAUCAGAAGCACAAUGGGAGCCUGGCUCUGUUGAUCAGAAAACCAACAUCUACAUCAUUGAACCAUGAAGACAUGUUCUCAGACAGGACUAGCUCAUCACAAGAGCAUAUGUCAGAAUCACCUCUGGUAGAUUUACAUGGUCACGACAAACAUUUGAAAAGGAAAGGUUUGAGAAACUUGACUAAAGGAAUCGCUGGCAUUGGAAAAACAGUUUGUGUGCAGAAGGUCAUCCUUGACUGGGCAGAGGGAAAAGUGAAUCAGGACAUUCAUUUUAUAUUUCCUCUUCCGUUUCGUGAUUUAAACAUGAAAAAGGACCAAUGUAGUCUAAUGCAACUUCUUACCCACUACUUCCCAGAGCUAAAAGCGAUUGAUAGUAUUGAAGAUGGUUUAACAAAAACUGUUUUUAUUUUUGAUGGUCUAGAUGAGUGUCGACUUCCUCUAGACUUUAAAAACAAUAAGAAGUGCUGUGAUGUCACAGAACCAACCUCAGUGGACGUGUUGCUGACAAACCUUAUCGAGGGGAAUCUGCUUCCCUCUGCUCUCCUCUGGAUAACCACACGACCUGCAGCAGCCAAUCGGAUCCCUCCUGAGUGUGUUGACCAAGUAACAGAGAUACGAGGGUUCAAUGAGCCACAGAAAGAGGAGUACUUCAGGAAGAAAAUCACAGACCAGAAUCUGGCCAAUGAAAUCAUCAACCACAUAAAAACAUCCAGAAGCCUCCACAUCAUGUGUCACAUACCAGUCUUCUGUUGGAUAUCAGCCACUGUCCUUGAGUCGAUGCUGAAACAAACAAAUAAGGAUGAAAUCCCCAAAACUCUGACUCAGAUGUACGAACACUUCCUGCUCAUCCAAACCAGUAUGAAAAACAAAAAGUACAACAAAUCCACUGAAACAAAUCCAAAGGAACUGUCUCAGUCAGACAAAGACAUGAUCCUGAAGUUGUCAAAGCUGGCUUUCCAACAGCUUCAGAAGGGCAUCCUGAUCUUCUAUGAGGAGGACCUGAGAGAGUGUGGCAUUGAUGUCAAAAAGGCAUCAGAGUACUCAGCACUGUGUACAGAGAUCUUUAAAGAAGAAUCUGGGCUUUACCAAGAGAAGGUAUUUUGCUUUGUUCAUUUGAGUAUUCAGGAGUUUCUAGCAGCAGUACAUGCCUUAGAAUCUUGUCUGGGUAAGGAGGAAAAUGUCUUACAACAUGUAGAUUGUUUUAUUAAAGCCUCACUCAAGUUUGAUGAUGAUGACGAUGAUGAAGUGAGGAAGUCAGACAAGUUAUCUGACUUGUACAGGAGAGCAGUAGACCAGGCCUUGAACAGUGAUAAUGGACACCUGGACCUGUUCCUCCGUUUCCUUCUGGGUCUCUCACUGGAGUCCAAUCAGAAUCUCUUACAAGGGGUUCUGACACAGACAGGAAGUACAACACAGAGCAAUGAGGAAACAGUUAAGAGAACAGUAAAGUACCUGUCAGAGAUGAUCAGGAUAGAAUCCUCACCAGAAAGGAUCAUCAACUUGUUCCACUGUCUGAAUGAACUUGGUGCCAACUCUCUAGUUGAAGAGAUUCAGACCUUCCUACGAUCAGGGACUGUUUCAAAAACAGUGCUUGAACCUCACCAAUGUUCAGCUCUGGCCUACCUGUUACUGAUGUCAGAGGAGAUACUGGAGGAGUUUGACAUGAAAAUAUACAAGACAUCAAAGGAAGGUUAUCUGAGGUUGCUGCCGGUAGUGAAAACCUGUAAGAGAGCAAUACUGUCUAGUUGUGGAAUCACUGAGGAAGACUGUGCUUCUCUGGUCUCAGCUGUGAAGUCAAACCCCUCAAAUCUGAAAGACCUGGAUCUGAGUUACAAUCAGCUAGAGGAUUCAGGAGUGAUUCAGCUCUCUGCUAUUCUGAAGGAGCCACAAUGUAGACUGGAGACUCUGAAACUGUCAGGUUGUGGAAUCACUGAGAAAGGUGGUGGUUCUCUGGUCUCAGCUCUGAAGUCAAACCCCUCACAUCUGAAAGAGCUGGAUCUGAGUAACAAUGUCCUUAAGGAUUCAGGAGUGAAGCUGCUCUCUGCUAUGUUGGAUGAUCCACAAUGUAGACUGGAGACUCUGAGGCUGUCAUUCUGUGGAGUCACAAAGGAAGGCUGUGAUUGGCUGGCUUCAGCUCUGAUGUCAAACUCCUGCCACCUAAGAGAGCUUGACCUGAGUAACAAUGACCUGGGGAAUUCAGGAGUGAAGCGUCUCACUUCUGGACUGGGAAAUCCACAUUGUAAACUAGAAACACUGAGGCUGUCAGGCUGUCUGGUCUCAGAGGAAGGCUGUGAUUCUCUGGUCUCAGCUCUGAAGUCAAACCCCUCACACCUGAAAGAACUGGAUCUUAGCUACAAUCACCCAGGAGACUCAGGAGUCAGACUGCUCUCUGCUGGACUGGAGGAUCCACACUGGAGACUGGAGAAUCUCAAGUAUGUCCUGUAGAUGUUUUCUGAAUCAGUAAUGUGGUAUUAAGUUGUCAUGUUGUUUUGCAUUAUGUAAUGUGUCAAAUACAGACCUGUCUACUUGUACUUUUUUUUGGCAUGAACACAGUUUCAAAAUCAAAGUACACUGAU